CAUUUUAGUGUUAUUAUCUAUAUCAUUUUACAUAAUACUUAUAACAAUUAUAUUUAUAUAAUAGGUAUGAUUAUAUUAUACAUAUUAUUUUAUGUUAAUCUAUGAUUCAUCAGCAGAAUAGUUAAAAUAAACACUAAAUGGCCACGAUAAGACAACAAAUCAAACGGAACACGAGAAUACACAAGAACGUCAAGAGCCUAAACUCGAAGGCUAACAGUUUGGUUCUUAUUAUGUAAUGAUUUAUAGGUAGUUGUUCAUAUUAUAAUUCGCAUCAUUUGCCAUUUGUAUAAAAAACGAUUCGUUGUAACCCUUACAUUAUGGAUUUCGAAAGUGAAUUUUUGAAGACUUAUAGAAUUUUGAAAUGGGAUGAGUUCACUGUGCUGAAUAAUGACCGUAUAUCAAUCAACGAGAAAAUCACUAACAAGGUGAUAACUAAACAUGAGUUGUUACUGCAGUUUAAAGCAGAGCUGAGUUUGCUUAAUGCGUGUAAACACAAAAUCAAAGACGAGUUGGAACAAGGUUUAGAUGUUAUUGAUACUCAAGUACUUGUCCUCCUAAGCAAACGUGUUAUUGAAUUGUUUGAUCAUAUGCAUGUUCUGUUUUCUAUUGAUGAGAAGCUGUUAUUUUAUUUUAUCAACUUUUGUCAAGACAAUGUAAGCUACAUACAUGUAGACCAGCUAGAUAUUUUAUUAGAUGCUGUUUUGUGUACAGAAAAUAAUCAAAAGAUUUGGAUACGAUUAUUAAAGCUUUAUUUGGAAUUAAAUAGUUUUGAUAAAUUGAUGACUGUUUUUCAAGAAGGUGUUCGUUCAUUAAAAAAAAAUUCACUACCUUUAUGGAAGAUUAUAAUUCGAUUUAUGCAAAUUAGGCGUCCUGAUAUGAUUGAAACAUUAUUUGAAGAAGGCUCAAAUAUAUCAUAUGAAAAUAUUUCUUUUUAUAUCAGAGUUAAAUAUUUAAAAUGGUGUUUACAGUACAAAGACAUAGAUGCAACUCGUAACCUGUUCAAUGAACUAAAAAAGUUAAAGCCACCAUGUUAUAAAUUGUAUUUAAUAAUGAUGGCUAUUGAAUCAGAGACAUCAGAUUUUGAAUUACUGACUGUUAGAAAAUUGUAUGAUGAAGCUUGCAUUUUAUUUGGCACAGAUAACAUUGAAGUAUGGCUUGAUUAUAUUCGUUUUGAACAGACUGAUGGCUCCCCAAAAUUAAUGGAAAGUAUUUAUACUAGAGGUUUAUGGAAACUGGAACCGAAUUUAAAAAAUACUUUCAUAGAAGAGUAUAAUAAUAUUAAACGUGAAUUUAUGAAUAGUUUAGGAAAAGAAGUUAUAGUCAUUGAUGAUUGAAAUAUAUAUUAUAUAUUAUAAACAAAAAAUGGCGAAUUUAUUUAGAGAUCUCCUUAUUUAUUUAAUUUUUAAAUUAAUAUUAUAAGUGGGUCACUUAAUAAUAUUAAUACAUUUGUAUACUUUGGUUUUAUUUGGUCAUAUAAAACAGUUUAUUGUAUUAGGCAAACAGUGUAGUACAGUGAAACUUCUGUUAAUAGUUUACUUUGAAAGACUUCUAAAUAAAUAAAUAUGUAUAAUAUGUAUGUACAACAUCACUUCUGCAAAGUUGCAUUUUUUUCUGUUUUCUAUAGUUGAACAGUACAAAAGUCUCACUGUACCAUUUAGACGUCACAGUUAAUGACACAAUCUUAAAUUUAACAAUAGAAGGUUAAUGGUAUUUUUUUCUUUUAUAAUGUGUGUAAUUGAAUAAUGUUUUAUGUUACUUAAUAUUUUAAGCACUAUUAUAUUUAUAAAUAUAUCAUUUUAUUUUAUUUACAUUGUCAUAAUUGUAAUUUGUGCAAUACCUAUUAAAAUAGACGGUUUGAUGAUAAUAAAUUAUAAUUUUUUACCUAA